CAUCCUGCUUACCAGCGAUGGACACAUGAAAAUCGCUGAUUUCGGCAUCGCAGCAGAAGGCGUAUUUGGCCACAAGACCAUCCGUGGGAAAACUGGAACAUGCUGGUACAUGGCCCCAGAGCUGCUAGGUAACAAGAAGUACAACGCAGCAGUAGACUGGUGGUCAUUAGGGAUAAUACUCAGUGAAAUGGCCACAGGAAAAUCCCCUUUUCAUGACGACUACCACCAACAGGAUGUGAGAAGUUCCAUUCUCACUGAGAAGCCGGUGUUUCCUGAGGGGAUGAGCACAACAUUGCAAGAUCUCCUGCAGAAGCUCCUGAAGAAAAGACCACACAAACGUCUUGGGAUGAAUGGAAAUAUAAGGGAACACCAACUCUAUAGGAAAAUUAAUUGGGAGGACAUGGAAAGGCAAAGGAUUUUACCACCAAUUAGAUUUGAAGCUGUAAGUUAAUGGUUGUGGA